AUGAAAGAUCCAAGUCGCAGCAGUACUAGCCCAAGCAUCAUCAAUGAAGAUGUGAUAAUUAAUGGUCAUUCUCAUGAAGAUGACAAUCCAUUUGCAGAGUACAUGUGGAUGGAAAAUGAAGAGGAAUUCAACAGACAAAUAGAAGAGGAGUUAUGGGAAGAAGAAUUUAUUGAACGCUGUUUCCAAGAAAUGCUGGAAGAAGAAGAGGAACAUGAGUGGUUUAUUCCAGCUCGAGAUCUCCCACAAACUAUGGACCAAAUCCAAGACCAGUUUAAUGACCUUGUUAUCAGUGAUGGCUCUUCCCUGGAAGAUCUUGUGGUCAAGAGCAAUCUGAAUCCAAAUGCAAAGGAGUUUGUUCCUGGGGUGAAGUACUAA